AUGCGUAGUUCAGAUCUUAAGUCGGGAGGUGAGAAGAGACACAAGAUCUUAUCUGGACAUUCCAAGACAGUUCCAAAUUAUUCCUGUAUGGUGCGGGGUACAGUGGCUGGUUUCAUCGGAGACCUCAAAUCAGAUACCACUCUCCAAAUGGCUCAGCUUUUACAUCUAUAUGGUUACACACAGGCCCCAAGAGGUCGAUGUUCUGCAGAAUGUCUUCCAGGGUUUAGAAAAACUCUAAGGGAAGGAUAUCAUGUAUGUUGUUAUGACUGUGUUCCGUGUUCAGAGGGAGAAAUAUCAAUCUAUUCUGAUAGUGAAAACUGCCAGACGUGUCCUGAAGAUCAAUGGCCUAAUGAGGCUAGAAAUAUUUGUGUUGCCAAAUGUUAUGAGUAUUUGUCAUAUGAGAAGGACGUAAUGGUUGCAUUUAUUUCUGUAUCUUCAGUCAUAUUUUCUGCUACAUCUCUCUGUAUACUUGGAAUAUUUUUUUGGUUUCGGAACACUCCCAUAGUCAGAGCCAAUAACAGGAACCUCAGCUUCAUUCUGCUCUUCUCUCUCAUGCUGAGUUUCCUUUCUGUUUUCCUGUUCCUUGGAUAUCCAAUGGACAUAACUUGUAUGCUGCAACAAGUCUUCUUUGGAAUUGUCUUCACAGUCUCACUGUCUUCUAUCCUAGCCAAAACCAUCAUGGUUGUUAUUGCUUUUAAAGCCACCAGACCUGGAAGCUCCUGUAGGAAAUGGGUGGGAGUCAAACUUCCCAAUACAGUCCUGUUGUUCUGCUCAUUAAUUCAAGUUAUGAUUGGUGUUUUCUGGUUGUCCAUCUCUCCACCAUUUCAAGAGUAUGACAUGCACUCUUCUGCUGAGAAGAUCAUCAUUCAGUGUAAUGAAGGGUCCUGUUUUGGGUUUUACUCUGUGUUGGGUUAUAUGGGGUUUCUGGCAGCUGUGAGCUUUGUUCUGGCUUUCAUGGUUAGGACAUUACCAGACAGUUUUAAUGAGGCCAAGUACAUCACCUUCAGCAUGCUGGUCUUCUGCAGUGUCUGGAUUGCCAUGAUCCCGGCCUAUCUGAGUACCAGAGGAAAGCAUACAGUGGCUGUGGAGAUAUUCGCCAUACUGACCUCCAGUGCUGGAAUAUUAGUCUGCAUAUUUUCUCCAAAAUUGUAUAUUCUACUUUUUAAACCUGAGCGGAACACAAGAAAAUCCAUGCUGCCAGGAAGAAUGAUAUAA